AUGUUGUACAGGGCUGUGGAACCAGUGUCAGUCCAGCCUAGGAUGGAGAAUAGGUGGGAGCCUCUUUAUGGGAGGUUUAGAAAGCAACACCCUCCUACCUUUGAGGGCGGUCCAAACCCAUUGUUGGCAGAGCAGUGGGUGAACAUGACCUCUUCUACAAUGGAUUUCAUGGAGGUGGGAGGAAACGAGAGGGUGGCUUGUGCCAACUAUAUAUUGAGGGAAGACGCCCUCAUCUGGUGGGAAAUUGUGUUUCAGAGGAGAGAUGUGACUACUAUGACCUGGGGUGAAUUCAGGGAUGUCUUUAUUGAGAAGUAUUACAGUGUUGCAGUUCAAUCUGUAAAGGUGGAUGAAUUCACCAACCUAACUCAGAAUAAAAUGACCGUCACAGAGUAUGCCUUGAGGUUUGACCGGUUGGCCAAGUUUGCACCAGAUUUGGUGCCUACUGAUAUGGCCAGGAGAUAUUGA